AUGCCGUCAAUGUCCGCGGCUCUGUCCGCCCUCCGCGCCGCCGGCCGGCAGCAUCUCUCCGCUUCCAAGUUCGUCCCUAAGUUCGUCGAGAGGCAGGCGACCGGGUCACACGUGUUCCAGAUCGACAAGUACGCGCAGGCCAGGAGGAUGAUGCCCAAUGGCGAAAGGGCGACGCUGAGCGUCGGUCGACUGAAAAACAGACAACACUCCAGUUUUGGGCCGAAAAACCAGACCUAUAUGGGCCGCGCGGGAGCUGAGCGACCGACGACCGAUCGCUGGCCAGCGAUCGGUCGCCGGAUCGGAAGCGUUUGCCAUGGCGAAAAGAUCAGAUCGGACGAAUUCAGGGUCGGCGGCUAUCCAAACGGCCUCACGGGAAAUCGCGGCUUCGUUUCCCUCUACCUCACCCACGCCAGCCACGCCAAGACCGGCGACGCCACGGCAAGGCUCCAGUUCAGUAUACUCGACCAGUCCUGCUGGGAGCCAUCGUGCACUAAGUUCUCAGAUGACUAUUAUCGUUUUUCAGAUACUCAUGGCCCUCAUCUCUCUUGGGGGUUUGGAAAUUUCAUUGAACAUGAGGAUCUGGACAAGGAGAAGCAUCUCAAGGACGACCGCCUCAUGAUCAUGUGCGACGUCACAGUCGCAGGGCUGCGCGCCGACGAUGACCACGCAGUUGCAGAGGUUGAGCCGGCGUCGCCACCGUUCGACUUGCAUGGGCCAGCUGGACAAGCCAUCUGGAAUACCGAAAAACCGGACGUGGAGAUCGAGGCCGGUGGGGAGACGUUCCCCGUCCACCGGAGGGUGCUUGAGGCCCGGUCCCCUGUCUUCAAGGCAGAUCUCUCCCUCGCCCCAGCGGCGGCCGGCGAGGGAGCUGCUGCACUACGCAUCGAUGGCAUGGAUGCUGACGUGUGCAAGGCUCUGCUCCGGUUCAUCUACGAUGAGAUACCCAGUACGGACUUGCUAGAGACCGCUGGGAUGGCGGAGCGGCUGCUCAUUGCGGCGGACAGGUAUAAGGUGGAGAAGCUUAAGCACAUCUGCGAGAAGGCGAUGCUGCCGAGCGUCAGCCUGAGCUCCGUGGCUGACACCCUCGCGUUGGCAGAGCGGCAUCAUUGCCCCGAGCUGAGGGAGGCAUGCAUGCGGUUCCUCUCUUCUGGUGACAACAUUGUAGCACUUGCGGAGACGGAUGGUUUUGAGAAGAUGAAGAAAGAUUGCCCCUCUGCUCUGCUGGAGCUGCUCGUCAAAUAG